AUGGUCAGCCCAGAAGACGUAAGGUUGAUGACUAUCAAGCGAGGUCAAGUCAAAGCCAAACUAACUCGGAUAUUCAAUGCGUUGAAUGCGGCAUCCCAACGAAAUGUGCGACCAUCCUUGCCGCAGCUCCGAGUUUACACCAAGCAGAUGGGUGUCAUUUAUCAGGAGUAUAAUGAUAUCCACGACAUGGUAGUGGCUUCCGUUCCAGAGGAAAAUGUUACCGAACAGGAAGCGAAGUAUGUCGAGUUCGAGAGCCAGUACAACGAAACAUCCACCAUGAUAGAAACGAUGACCGAGGUGACAGAGAAGGAAAACCGUGUUCCUAUUCAAACAACUGCAGUGCAAGGCGGUCCGCAGCAGGUUAUUGUUCAGCCGCAGUCUUUCCGCGCUCCUCUGCCGAGCUUUGACGGGAAGUAUGAGUCAUGGCCACGGUUCAAGGCCAUGUUUCUGGACCUGAUGCGACAUUCGACGGAUUCGGACGCUGUGAAAUUGUAUCAUCUGGAGAACUCGCUGAAGGGAAAUGCAGCUGGAGUGAUCGACCUAGAGACUCUGCAAAACAACAACUACCAACGAGCAUGGGACAUCCUGGAGGAACGCUUUGGUAAUAAGCGGUUGAUCUUGGAGUCGCAUAUCCUCGGAAUCCUAAACAUGAAGAAAAUGUUGAAAAAGUCAUCGAAAGACCUCCGUAACCUUGUCGAUGAAUGUACCCGUCAUGUGGACAACCUAGUCAAACUGAAUCAGCCGCUUUCGGGAAUUUCUGAGUUACUUGUGGUGACAGUGCUAACUCGUGCAUUAGAUGACCAGACUCGAGAGCUGUGGGAAGCUUCCAUCAGUCAAACCGAACUGCCGGAGUAUGAAUCUACAAUAGAGUUCCUAAAACAGCGUUGCGUUAUUCUGGAAAGAUGUGAGAAAGUUGUUUCUGUUCCAUCGCAUGCAAAGUUCUCCAAUCAGAAGAUUCAUGUUCCACCAAAAUCAGUGCCACCAAAAACCUCACAUGCAGCGUCUGUGCCAACGGAUUACGUGUGCGAUUUCUGCUCAGGACAUCAUCAAAAUUAUAAGUGUUCCGUAUUCCUGAAGAUGAAUGUGGACCAAAGGCAAGCCAAACUGAAAGAAGCAAACUUGUGCUUCAACUGCCUAAGGAAGGGCCAUCGCAGCGCAGGAUGCUCCAGCGAUAAAUCGUGUUCGAAAUGCUCGAAAAAACACCAUACGUUAGUGCAUUUCGAGCAACAGAAGGCAACGGUACAGUCCACCAACACAGCCAAACACCACGAAGUGAAUCAAGCCGUCGCAUCGUUUGAAGAACCCGUAAGUUCGUCGUGCUCAAGUACCAGCAUUCCACCGGGGAAUGCCUAA